AUGUCCCAAGUCCGCGCCUCGCACCUCCUCAUCAAGCACAGCGGGUCGCGCCGCCCGGCCUCGCGUCUCUCGCCCAACAUCACGCGCUCCAAGGACGAGGCCAUCGCGAUCCUCACCGAACUGCGCAACAAGAUCACGUCGGGCGCCGCUCGCUUCGAAGACCUUGCAAUCCAGUUCAGCGACUGCAGCAGCGGUACGCGUGGUGGCGACCUCGGUCCGUUCGGCCGUGGCAUGAUGCAAAAGCCGUUCGAAGAUGCUGCCUUUGGCCUCCAGGUCGGCCAGAUCAGCGGUAUCGUCGACACGGACAGCGGCGUGCACAUCAUUGUCCGCACGGCUUAAGCUCCUUCAACGACGCAUUCC